GCCAUGGAGCUAUAAAGAUCGCAGCAUACUCUGCGCGGAUACGUUUCUUUCUGGAGAAGUGAAGAGGGCGUCCUACUGAACGGAGGGCGAGGUUGACCUGAACAACAGAUAAACGACAGUAGGAAAGAAUAAUAUUGAGAAAGAAAUGCUCAAUAUGGAGUCAGGAGCAAAGGGACCGUGUGCAGACAUGGUACAGAAUGUCCCAGAAGAAGCGCUGGGACUGAUCCUGAUUGGAAAGGUGGGAUCUGGGAAGAGCGCCUCAGGGAACACCAUCCUGGGCCGGAGUGAAUUCCUGUCUAAGUUACGCGGAAGCUCUGUUACCACGGUCUGCCAGCUGGGGACCAAGAACCAUGUCUACUCUGUGAAGGAGAAGGCGGGGAAAAUGAAGAAGGUGGUGGUGGUGGACGUGCCAGGUUUUGGAGACACACACCUGACCAAUGAGCAGAUCAUCACGGAGCUCAGACAAUUCAUGGCGGCCCUGACGGCCCCAUACGCCUUCCUCCUGGUGGUCCAGGUGGGACGCUUCCCAGAGGGGGAGAACCUGGCCGUCAAUAUGAUGGCUGAUGUAUUUGGUGAAGCGGCGCUCCGCAACCACACGGUGGUGCUGUUCACCAGGGGAGAUGACCUGGAGGAGUCGAUGGAGCAGUACCUGGCCUGCGCACCUGCUAGGCUCGAGGCUUUGAUUCGCAGGUGUGGAGGCAGGUACCACGUAUUCAACAACCGUAAAAUAGAUGUGAAUCAAGUUGAUGAGCUACUGAGUAAGGUGGAGAAGGUUGUGGAGGACCAAGGGCGUCAAUUUGUUUUUAGAAGUGGUGGGGACAUAACCAUUGAGUGUGGUCCGAAUAGUGCUGGGUACCCAAGAGCAAAGGGACCGUGUGCAGACAUGGUACAGAAUGUCCCAGAAGAAGCGCUGGGACUGAUCCUGAUUGGAAAGGUGGGAUCUGGGAAGAGCGCCUCAGGGAACACCAUCCUGGGCCGGAGUGAAUUCCUGUCUAAGUUACGCGGAAGCUCUGUUACCACGGUCUGCCAGCUGGGGACCAAGAACCAUGUCUACUCUGUGAAGGAGAAGGCGGGGAAAAUGAAGAAGGUGGUGGUGGUGGACGUGCCAGGUUUUGGAGACACACACCUGACCAAUGAGCAGAUCAUCACGGAGCUCAGCCAAUUCAUGGCCCUGACGGCCCCCGGCCCAUACGCCUUCCUCCUGGUGGUCCAGGUGGGACGCUUCCCAGAGGGGGAGAACCUGGCCGUCAAUAUGAUGGCUGAUGUAUUUGGUGAAGCGGCGCUCCGCAACCACACGGUGGUGCUGUUCACCAGGGGAGAUGACCUGGAGGAGUCGAUGGAGCAGUACCUGGCCUGCGCACCUGCUAGGCUCAAGGCUUUGAUUCGCAGGUGUGGAGGCAGGUACCACGUAUUCAACAACCGUAAAAUAGAUGUGAAUCAAGUUGAUGAGCUACUGAGUAAGGUGGAGAAGGUUGUGGAGGACCAAGGGCGUCAAUUUGUUUUUAGAAGUGCCGAAGAGGAGGAAACGGCCCUUCUGUGA